CUGGACGACCUCACGGCUCAGCUGUUGGAGUUGAAACAGCAACUGGAGGCAUCGAAGCGGGAGCAGUUUGAGGCUGCAGCGACCAAGAUCCAAAGAGCCUAUCGCAGAUUCUGUCCUCGGUGCAAAUAUGUGAAGACAGUGCAACGAGAUGCAACGCAGGUGAAUCAGGCUUUAGGCGAGAGGGAUGGAGUCGGAGAUGUAGGUGGGAGUCCGGGUGUAGGUGCUGUGUCGGUAGGAUUGGCAGUAGGGGGAGGAGACAGAGAGAGAGAGGAGGAGUUGGUGGUGGAGGAGGAGGAAAGGAAAGGAAGGUCGAAGCUUCAGCAGAAGGAAAUAGAAGAAAGAGCGAAGAGGGAAUGA